CAUUGCACAAGUCAUAUGUAAAGAAUAAUUAUAAAAGAACAAACAAACAGAAUUUUGAUUCCCAAAUGCUUGCUAUUAUAUGGAGAAAAUAUAUUCUUAAUAAAAUUACAAAUCAAAUUGUUCAUAUAAAUACUAGAAAUACAAACAAUCAAUUCAAACUAAGUUCUCAAGUUCAUCAAUUGUUUUUAUCUGAAGUUAAAACCUUUGUAGAAAAAAAUAAACAAUUAUCAAAUUUGCUAAUACAAUUUAAGGUUGGAUUGGAAAAUCUUCCAACAUGUUUAAGAGAUUUCAUUAACACAUUUCAAAAAGUGGGAAUUUAUGUAGAUAAUUUAUCUACUAUUUCAAUAUUUAAGAAAUUGCAUUUUCCAGAUGGUACAAUUGCACACAGUGAUAACUCUUUUUACAACAAACCAGAAUUUUCAAAUGUUGCAGUUGAAAUGGCAGAAGAUCAAAAUGAAGAAUACAUUUCUGAUGAAACAUAUUGUUAUGCACAAAAUAAAUACUGA